AAGAGGAGUUUGCUUUCUGCUCUAGGAGGAUGUAAAACCCCUGACUAUCUGUCUGGACAGUGCUGAUUGGCCCUGUGCUGAUCACAUGCACUCUCCCAAGAAAAAAAAAACCUCUCUAGCAAUACACACUAAACUGAGCAUGUGCAGAAUGGCUAUGGUUCAGUCUGUCUUAUCAGGAGAAAAGGAGGAGCAGAGAAGUCAGAAUCAAACGGCCUUUUUACACAAUGUAGAGGAUUAACCCCUUAGGUUCCACAGUGUGUAUAACAAGCAUGCUUUACUGCAUAUACAGGCUGACUUUACGGUUGUGGGUUUAGUAACACUUU